AUGUUCAAGUCGUUCGUUUUUGGUACCCUUGCCGCCAUCGCCGUCGCUGAAACCGUCACCGACGUCGUCACUGCUUCUGCUGACGCUGCCGCCGAAGCCUCGCCCGUCGCCAUUGGCGACAACGAGCCCUACCUCACUAUGGCCCCCGACGUGUUUUCGUCGUACCUCGCUGAAAACGGCGAUUUCCCCACCGCUCAGAUCCCCUCCCAAGUGGCGCUCUACUCGGAAAUGUACGGCCAGUACAACGGCCGUAUCCCCUGGAACUCGUACUACACUAGCGUCGUCGGCACCGACGUUGUGCUUGAUGUCGCUUCGAUUUCAGCUGCUGUUUCCUCGGCUGUCUCGUCGGCUUCGGCUGCUGCUUCGUCUGAUGCUCUGUCGGACGCUCUGUCGGAAGCCUCGCUGACCGCUGCCUCGUCUGAAGCUUCUGCCUCGUCGGACGCCUCGUCGGACGCUUCCUCGGAAGUGUCGUCGCUGGUUGACGCUUCUGCCUCGUCGGAUGUCUCUUCCGACGCUUCGGCCACCUCGUCUGAAGCUCUGUCGUCGGCCGAAGCCUCGUCUGAAGCUUCGUCUGACGUCUCUUCUGAAACCUCUUCGGAAGCCUCUUCGAAAGCCUCCACCGAGUCGCAAAGAGGUUCCUCGACCUUAUCGGCCUCGUCGGCUGCCACCUCUUCUGCUGCCUCGUCGCUGCAAUCUCAAGACAACGCUGCUGGUGUCAUUGCUGGCUCUGGCUCCGCUCUCGCUGCCGUUGUCAUCAUGGCCCUUUUGUAA